CUGUGCUCCCCUGGCAGUGCCCAAGGCCAGGCUGGACAGGGUUUGGAGCAGCUGGGACAGGGGAGGUGUCCCGGGCAGGACAGGGAUGGGCUUUGGGUCCAUCAGCCUCUGUCCCGCUCCUGUGCUCGAGUUCUGGCCGCGAGGUGGCAUUCGGCAUUCUCUGAGCUGCUCUGGCUAAGGAAAAGCAGAGCUUGCCAUCUUUAAUAAUAACAAUAAUAAUUAAAGGGGGGGGUGUGGGGGGAGGAAAAGCCACAAACCCUCCCUGUGUUUUCUGAAGCCCGCGACAAAGCGAGAUUUGUGAGGAGGCUGCGGCUGCUCUUGGCAAACAAUGCUGCUGCUUCCCGAGAGCUGCGAGGGAGACUGAGGGUCAAGUCCCUUUAAAAAAAAAAAAAAAAAGUGAAAUACAGUAUUGUGCAUCUUGAAAUCCGAAACCAAGAAACAGAAGUGCAAGGGAAACAAGAGGGAAAGUCUUGCAAUUCCCGUGGACAACUGUGGCGAGUGGAGUUUUAAGGAAUACAACAUAUAUCUAUAGCUUUUAAUGGUCAUUGGAUGGCUUUUGUGGAAAAACCUGUGAAAUAAAGGAGCUUUGGAAGAAGAGAUUUCUUUUUCUCCUCCUCUCUGGAUAUAAUGGCCAUUGCAAAGCAAAGCAUCCUGAGAUUUGGCUUCAAGUGUGCCUUCCUAGCGAUUUUUACACUCACCUGUGAUGGGCACGGCGGGAAGAGGGAGAACGGUGGUCCUGCCUGCUACGGAGGGUUUGAUUUGUAUUUCAUCCUGGACAAGUCAGGCAGUGUCCUGCACCACUGGAACGAGAUCUAUCACUUUGUGGAGCACCUGGCCCGCAAGUUCAUCAGCCCUCAGCUGAGGAUGUCCUUCAUCGUUUUUUCAACCAGAGGGACGAUUCUAAUGAGGUUAACAGAAGACAGGGAGCAGAUCCGCCAGGGCCUGGAGGAGCUGCAGAAGGUGCUGCCAGGAGGGGACACGUACAUGCACGAAGGAUUUGAGAGGGCAAGUGAGCAGAUUUACUACGAGAACGUUCAUGGUUACAGAACUGCCAGUGUCAUCAUUGCAUUGACAGAUGGAGAGCUGCACGAAGAUCUCUUUUUCUACUCGGAGAGGGAGGCGAACCGCUCGCGGGACCUGGGGGCCACCGUGUACUGCGUGGGGGUGAAGGACUUCAACGAGACCCAGCUGGCCCGGAUUGCUGACAGCAGAGAUCACGUCUUCCCCGUCAACGAUGGCUUCCAGGCCCUGCAGGGCAUCAUAGACUCUAUUUUGAAGAAGUCCUGCAUAGAAAUCCUGGCAGCAGAGCCCUCCAGCAUCUGUGCAGGGGAGUCCUUCCAGGUGGUGGUCAGGGGGAACGGCUUUCGGCACGCCCGCAACGUGGACCGGGUGCUCUGCAGCUUCAGGAUCAACGACACGCUCACCCUCAAUGAGAAGCCUUUCGUGGUGGAGGACACCUACCUGCUGUGCCCGGCGCCUGUGCUCAGGGAAGUUGGCAUGGAAGCAGCUCUCCAAGUCAGCAUGAACGACGGGCUGAGCUUCAUCUCCAGCUCUGUCAUCAUCUCCAGCACGCACUGUUCCGACGGGACCAUCCUGGCCAUCGCCCUGCUGAUCCUCUUCCUCCUGCUGGCCUUGGCUCUGCUCUGGUGGUUCUGGCCCCUCUGCUGCACCGUGAUCAUCAAGGAACCUCCCCCACCUCCUGCAGAAGACAGCGAGGAGGAGGAUGAUGAUGGGCUGCCAAAGAAGAAGUGGCCAACAGUGGAUGCCUCUUACUACGGAGGGCGAGGAGUGGGCGGCAUCAAACGGAUGGAGGUGCGCUGGGGGGAGAAGGGCUCCACAGAGGAAGGUGCCAAGCUGGAGAAGGCCAAGAAUGCCCGGGUGAAGAUGCCAGAGCAGGAGUACGAGUUCCCUGAGCCCAGGAACCUGGGCAGCAGCAUGCGCCGGCCCUCGUCCCCUCGCAAGUGGUACUCGCCCAUCAAGGGGAAGCUGGAUGCCCUCUGGGUCCUGCUGAGGAAGGGCUACGACCGCGUGUCCGUGAUGCGUCCGCAGCCGGGAGACAAGGGCCGCUGCAUCAACUUCACGCGGGUGAAGAACACGGAGACCCCCCCCAAAUACCCCCUGAACAACUCCUACCCCUCCGCCCCCCCCCCAGCGCCCAUCUACACCCCCCCGCCCCCCGCCCCCAUCUACACCCCCCCUCCCCCCAGCUCCCCCCACGCCCCCUCCCCCUCCUCCACGCUGCCCCCGCUGCCCCCCCCGCCCCAGGCGCCCCCCCCCAGCCGGGCGCCCCCCCCUUCCCGGCCCCCCCCCCGCCCCACGGCCUGAGGGGUCCCCCCGCCCCCCAGAGCUGUCCCGGCAGUACUGUACCCCCGGCCGGGGGACCCCAGCCCCUGCCCCGCUGCCAGCAGCACCGGCCGCCUGCAGCCGCCCCCUCCCCUUCUCCUUCUCCAGCCCCCUCCCCUCCCCUCGCCCCUCCAGCAUCAGUGCCAGCGGCUGGGGACCAGAGCGCCAAGGAGAGCUCCUGGCAUGGGGGUGUGCCACCCUUGGGUGCCCUGUGCCACCCCUGGGUGCCCCGUGCCACCCUCGGUGCCCUGUGCCAGCAGCAUCAGUGCCAGCGGCUGGGGACCAGAGCGGCCAAGGACAGCUCCUGGCAUGGGGGCUGUGCCACCCCUGGGUGCCCUGUGCCACCCUUGGGUGCCCCGUGCCAGCAGCAUCAGUGCCAGCGGCUCAGGAGCCAGAGCGGCCAAGGAGAGCUCCAGCUCCUGCCUGGCACGGGGGCUGUGCCCCCUCAGUGCCCUGUGCCACCCCUGGGUGCCCUGUGUCACCCCUGGGUGCCCCGUGCCAGCGCAGGAGGAAGGGCACGGGUGACCCACGAGCUCCGUGCCAGGGAGAGCCCCGGGCAGGGCUGCACAGGACUGGCAGCAGUGCAGAACCCCAGCCAGGUGUGCACACCUGGCACACCUGGCAGGCCUGGAAACACCUGGCACACCUGGCACACCUGGCACUCCUGGAACUCCUGGCACACCUGGAACACCUGGCAGGUGUGGAAACACCUGGCACACCUGGAAAUCCUGGCACAGCUGGCACUCCUGGCACUCCUGUGUUGCUGCACGGGGGGUGUUGCUUUGGGGCAGGGCAGGCAGGUGGAAUCGGAGCCUCCAGGAAAUCAGCGUGCAGGUUUGGACGUCCCUGGGCACGGAGAGCGCGGGCACAGCCGGGCACAGCCUGGCACAGAGCCUGGCACACAGCCUGGCACAGAGCCCCGGGCUGGGGCUGUGGCCAGCAGAAAAGGGAAAAGGCUCUGCAGUGUCCCCAGGCCAGCCUCACCCCGGGGCUGAGCUGGCUCCCAGCUCCAGGGACAGGCUCAGUGCCAGCCAGGCUUUGGUUUCUGGGGUUCCCCAGUCUGCUCUGGGGUUCCCAAAUCCCCUCUGGGUUCCCCAAUCCCCUCUGGGGCUCCCAAACCCGCUCUGCUCGGGCUCCUGGUCACUGUGGAAAGGUACCACUGAUGCCUCCCUGGUUUUCUUUAAAUUCAAUUAGUUUGCCUUAAAAAUGUUCCCACAUGGAUUUUUUUUUUUUUUUUUUUUUUUUUUUGGUUUGGUUUGCUUUGGUUGGGUCUGGUUUGCUUUGGUUGGAUUUGUUCCCACCAUGGGCGGUGUGAAAUCUGGGACAGUGUAACACAGGAUCCACAUCCCCAACAGAUCCUCAGCACCUCGGAAAUGUUUGGGAAGGAAAUUGAUUUUCCACAAGGCAGCAUUGGGAAUUUUAUUUUUUUAGGUGUCCGUUAGCCAAUAAGUUGGUUAAUUGGUUAAUUAACCAAUAAACCUACUGCUGGGGGAAAUGUAAAAGCUGUUUUUGCAGAUGUACAUAGAAAUUCUCCUUCUCCCCAAACUAAGGGAAAAACCCCAAACCCUGCAGAUUUAGAGGAGCAAAAUAAAUCCUAGGUCAGGCUAGAAAAAAUCGGAAUUUUCAAAUGCUCCCUUUGUAAUCAUCCAGUUUAGGAAUAAAAAACAAGCUCCAAAUUUUUUGUUGUACAUAUUGUUGCUGCAUGCUUACCAUAUGUUAGAUGGAAGCAUUUCCUAUCCCUUGUGGAUAAAAGAACAUUUUUCAAGUUGUAGUAAAUUAUUAUGAAGCCAAUGACAUUUCAUGGCAUGUUACCGUAUCAAGCUGUGCUUGUUGUAUUUUUUUUUUUCUUUAUGGUUGUAUUGCUUUUUUUUUUUUUUUUUAAUAUAAAUGUACAAAUAUUUCUGUAGUGACGAGCACCUGUUUUACAUGGCAUUAAUUGGGGCGCUGCAGCUCCAGGCUCCUCAGCCCAUCCAAAGGGGUUUUGCACGUGGAUCUGGCUGAAAAAAACCCCAACCCAGCAGAGGAUGGGCUUGGUGACCCUUCCUGACGAUCCCACAAAAAUCAGAGCACGUCUGGGGGUGACCUGGUUGGAAUUUCGGAAGGAAUUCUCCCAUGGGCAGGGACGGGAUGGGAUUCCCAGAGCAGCUGGGGCUGCUCCUGCACCCCUGGGAGUGUCCCCAAGCCAGGCUGGAGCAGCUGGGACAGGGAAAAGCGUCCCUGCCAUGGCAGGGGUGGCACUGGGAGGAUUUUGGGUCCCUCCACCCCAUUCUGGGCUCUGUGAUUUCGGCCCAGCCUAAACAGAAACGGCUCCCAAAAGUCCCUCAGGUGCCUCUAAAAGCCACACUCCCUUUGUGCUGGACCCUAAGGAUGAAUUUAGGGAUUUUGUGGAAGGCUGGGAGCAGAACCUCGGUCCUGCCAGCUCCCCCAGCAAUUAAUGCCAUGUAAAUGAGGUCGAACGAGCUGGAGCACUCUGCACCCUGUGCCCCUGGCCUUGGCCAGCCCUGGCUGAGAUGUUCACCCCAAAGCAGCUGGAAAUGCCUUUUCUGCCCUUCCUGCCCAGCUCUGGCAGGGCCUGGCAGCCCCUGACAAGGGCUCAGCCUCUGCUUAUUGAUUUGAUUUGAUUUGAUUUGAUUUCCUUUCCUUGCCCACUUCUGUGCCCGCCUGGAUCCCCUCUCUGCUCCUGCUGUGGAGGCACCUCUGUCACUGCUGAUUUUGGGGAGGGGCUCGGCUGCCUUGGGGAGCUCUGGCCACUUUUGGGUGACAUUUGGGCAGGUUUGGGGCAGGUUUGGGGCAGGUUUGGGGCAGGUUUGGGGCAGGUUUGGGGCAGGGGGAGCUGGGUUUGGGCUGUCAGCUCAGCCGGUGCUGUGCAGACGUGUCACCCCCUCCGUGUGUUGCAUGUGUCCUUUGUUAAAUCCAGUCAUUACUCUGGAUUGCUGGCCUUGAUGUUAUUAUUAAUUAAAGACCUACACAAAUCUCC